AGCAAUAAAGAAGAAAGAGACAUAAACUGAUCAACAAAAGCGGAAACAAAAAAACAGACGACUACUUUUUCCGGCUUUGUGCCAUUUCUUUCGGCUCUUUUCACCACCUUUCACCUUCUCGCCGGAAAACGCCGUACGCGGUGGCUAUUUUCACCGGCUGGAAUCGGAAGCGAUUCCGAUUAUUCGAAUGCUCAUAGAACUUUUUGUCUUCUAAUUCACCGGCCCCGUUUUUUCCCGGCGGCGGGAAAUUCGUUAAAUAUUAACGGUGAUGAUGGAGACAAAUUCUCUUCUACAACGGUAUCGUAACGAUCGUCGGAAGCUUCUAGAGUUUCUUUUAUCAUGUGGGUUAAUUAGAGAAAUUCGAACUCCUUCUGGUCCCACUUUCUCCCUCUCUAACAUCAAUCUCGAUGUUAUUAGUGCUGAUUAUGUUCUUGAAUGUGUACAAUCUGGUGGGGUGCUGGAUGUUUCUUUAGCAGCUAAGAAGUAUCACGAUGAACGUCGACAUCCAAAAACAAUGCAGUUGCACACAGGCGACGCAUAUUUUCUUGUUACAGAUCCAGAAUCAGCUGGCUCCCAGCCUCAGCAUAUUCCGCCUUCUAUUAUGAAGAAUCACUCCAAUAAUAAUGGAUCAUGCCAUUCUGAUUUGACAGAUUUCUCUCUUUACGGUGGUGAUUAUGGGGUUAACAGUAAAACUGCAGGAACUGCAGGGUCAUUUAGCAUUAAUCAAGCUGAUUUUCCAUCAAUAGGAAUACCUGUACUUAAAACCGGACUACUGGACGAUGAUUUGCGUGAAUCUGCCUAUGAAGUAUUCCUUGCUUGCAUGGUCUGCUCUGGGCUUGAGGUUCGCUUGACUGAGGGUAAAAAGAAAGAGAAGAGUCCUAGAUUUCUGUCUGGGCUGAAGAGAAGAGAGAAAAGACAUUCACGGUCCCUAUCUGGGUCCCUGUCUUUCGAUAGAAACGCCGAGCUCAUUGAAACUUUCAGGACACAAAUGCAGAUCUCAGAACCAAUGGAUGCUCUCACUCGGAGAAAGUUGGUGCGUUUAGCUUCUGAGAAAUCGUUUGGACAAAUUGAUGUUCCUCAAAUCACACUGGGGCUUUUGAAUGGCACAACAAAGUCUGAAUUUUUGAAUGAGAAGUCAUACAUCCAAUGGAAGAACAGACAAGCUAAUAUUCUUGAAGAACUUUUAUCUGCUGAGAAAUCAGUUGGAGUUUUUCUUGCAAAAAUUAGGAAUUUUGAGGAAUGGGACAUUAAGAUGUCUCCCUCUAAAUGCAGAGAGGUGCUAUUUUCCAUUAGAAAUAUUGCUUCGACAUUGUCAUCUAUGCCUGGAAAUUGUGGUGUAAAAGGCGAAACAUACUACUGGAGUGCUGGUUAUCCCUUUAACAUGAGGUUGUAUGAGAAGCUACUCCUUGGUGUAUUUGACAUUCUGGAAGAUGGCAAGCUCAUAGAGGAAGCUGAUGAAAUCCUAAAGCUCAUCAAAUCAACAUGGCCUUUGUUGGGCAUUACCCAGAAGUUACAUGAUGUAUUAUAUGGAUGGGUGCUUUUUCAGCAGUUUGUUGGGACAGAGGAGGCGAUGCUUUUGGAGUAUGCAGUUCGUAAAGUGCGGAAUAUUCCAUCAUCUGAAGAUGUCGUACAGAAUGAAAAGAAGUAUUUGGAGAGUCUAGUUUGUGUUAAUGACUGCAGUGGCUCUGAGAUUAGGCUAAAUUUGGUGCAGUCUAUCCUUUGGUCAAUUGGUUUAUGGUGUGACAAUAAGUUGCAGGAUUAUCAUUGGCAUUUUUUUCAGAAGCCUUCUCUUUUCAAGGGGGUGUUAUCCAUGGCAUUGGCAGCAGGAAAUCAGAAGUUCGAUGCGUCUGGAAAUAUGGAGCUGAUGCUCAAUGCUUCAAAUGAGAUCAUUGAUAGCAAAGUCAGAAUGUACGUUGAGAGGUCUGCCGAAGCUGCUUGCCAGAGGGUUACUGAUGCAAUAAAUACUGGAUCUAAAGUAGAUAAGAAACAUCUCUUGGCUUUGCUUGCAAGUGAAUUGAAGUCAAUUGCUGAGAGACAGCUGACUGUUUACCAUCCAGUCCUGAGGCAUUGGUGUGCUGAAUCUGGAGUACUUUCAGCUUCGAAAUUGCACAGAUUUUAUGGUGAAAGACUGGAGCCAUUUCUCAAGAAUAUAUCUUGCCUUUCCGAAGAUGUGAAGCAGGUGCUUGCUGCAGCUAUUCUGUUAGAGAAUUGCCUAAUUGAGCUCCAUUCAUCCGAACAAGUAGAAAAGGGCGUGCAUUCUCCAUUGAUGUUUGAUUUUGAGCGUGAGAUUGGAGAAAUCGCAAGGCCAAUUAUUCUUGAUUGGGUGAUUGCUCAGCAUGCGAGGAUACUUGAAUGGACUGGACGUGCUGCUGAUCUCGAGGACUGGGAACCCCUAUCACAUCAGCAAAAACAAGCAGCUUCAGCUGUAGAAGUAUUUAGAAUCAUAGAGGAGACUGUUGAUCAAUUUUUUGAGCUGAGGCUUCCAGUGGAUAUCACGCACUUGCAGGCUUUACUUUCCAUAAUCUUUCACACAUUGGAUGCCUACUUGCAGAAAGUGGUUAACCAGUUAGUUGACAAGCAUAAUCUUUAUCCUCCUGCUCCUCCCUUGACUCGUUAUAAGGAGACAGCAUUUCCGAGUGCCAAGAAAAAGUUGGUUGAAUCUGUGGUUCUUGAUAAUGUGGUGAAUAAGAAGUUGGGCGCCUUGACAACGUCCAAACUUUGUGUCAGAAUGAACACCCUUCAAUAUAUGCAGAAAAAAAUUUCCUCCCUUGAGGAUGGUAUUAGGGAGUCGUGGUCAGCUGUUAGAGUUUUUAAAGAUCAGACACGCCCUGAUGAGGAUUCUCAUUGGACUUCAAAUGGGAUUUUGGAAAUGUGUAGUGAGUCAGUUGAUGAGCUUUUUGUUGCCACCUUUGACUGCAUCCGUGAUAGCGCUGCUGAUGCUAUCAAGAGAACUUGUGCGUUAGUGGGAGCUAGAGUUGUGUUUUGGGACAUGAGAGAACCAUUCAUAUUUAAUUUAUAUCAUGGUGAUGUUGAAGGAGCACGACUGGAAACUAUACUUCCACAGUUUGAUAGAGUCCUCAAUAAUGUUUGUGCUCUGAUUGAUGAAACUCUCAGAGACAUUGUAGUGAAAAGUAUUUUUAUGGCAUCUCUGGAAGGUUAUGCUUGGGUGUUACUAGAUGGAGGUCCUUCGCGUGCAUUUUCUGAUUUUGAUGUUGUCAUGAUGGAAGAUGACCUCAAUAUAUUAAAGGACUUGUUUGUUGCUGACGGAGAAGGACUUCCCCAAUCGCUAGUUGAAGAAGAAGGAAGAUUCGCUCAUCAAAUCCUCAGUUUAUUUUCCCUCCGGGCUGAAUCUGUGAUCCAAUUGUUGAUGACUUCUAGUGAACACAGUUCAAUAGGACUUGAAGCACAUAAAUAUGGCCACAGACAUCUGGGAGAUGCACACACCUUGAUACGCGUUUUAUGUCACAAGAAGGAGAGAGAAGCUUCGAAAUUCUUGAAGCGGCAUUACCACCUCCCACCAUCGUCAGUGUAUGAUGAGACUGCAGCAGAGGACGCCUCUAUGAAGUCGCCACUUAUGGCAGAUCUCAUUAAAAGGAGCGCUUCGUUUCGUUGGUCUGACAAAAGCAGUAGCAGUUUCAGAUCUUUAAAGAAGAAAAUUCAAGACGCAACAUCAGAUUUUAGGCAAGUGGGAUGGUGAUGAUGGCCGGCUUCCUAAUAUCAGUUCCCGUUGAAGGUACUUGUUAGUUGUUCGUUGGCAUUUGACCCCAAAAUCACAAAGCUGCAUAAAUCCAAAUUGCAUUAAAAUGAAGACUGAGAGGGUACUCCAUUUGGGAGUAUUAUGCUCAGAAAAUUUUGUCAUGUUUGCUUCUAACUUUGAAGUUGUAGAUCAAUGUUAUGAACUCUGGGGCUCAAAAAUAAAAGUAAAAGAAACAUUCCCCGAUUAUGUUAUGUCUACAUCUCAUACCUAAUUAAGAAGAAAAAUGAACAUUGUGAUAUAUCAUGUAUGCCUGUCCUUACUCUCUACAUUAUUGAAAUUUGACAUGUUCUUUUCUGUUCCACCACAA